GUCGGCGCGCACACGUGGGGAGGAACGUACGGUGUCUUGUGUUCACGCUAAGCCUCUGCUGAUUUUGAUUUCGUCGCUGUGAAGUAACGCUUGUUCUCCCAAGUUUCUGAUGAAGUGCAAGAGUUGAGACUGUAUCCUAUAUUUGAACAAAGUGGCAACUGAUUUUGAAUCUACAGGUGCAGCAAGUUCCCAAACGCAUGACCAAUAAAAUCUGCAAAGAUACACAGCGACGAAAGAAGACAAAAGGUAAUUGUCUUAAAAAAGGAUAAAUAGUAUGACCUAUUAUAACUACAAUGCCCUACCUAAUAAAGAUAAGACAUGAAGUCUUUGAGUGCAAUAAAUGUAACGCACUGUUCACCUGUAAACAUUUCUGGAAAAAACAUUUUAGUCUGAACUGUCCUCGACGCUACUCAUGCAUAGUCUGUAAUUUAGAUUUUAUCUCAAGUUAUCUGUUACAAGCUCAUGUAUCUACAAGCAAUCACGCUGCAUUGGCAUUCUCAAGACACAUGGUACCCGAUGAAAUAUUUAAAGAGUUAGAACAGGAAGGAAAAAUUAACACAGGAAUUUCCAUAUCCCCAGGCAAAAUUGGGGAUCCAAAAUCGCUCGCUGAUCAAAUUGAAAAUAUUGGGCAAGGAAGCCAGUGUCUAUCCGAUGGAAGUCAGAUCUUUGCUAAGACACAGGGAGAAAACAAAGACUAUGGUUGUGGAGCGAAUCAACGCCAAGAGGGGAUUCUACAAACAUGUGGUGGAGAAGAGCAUCAAAUUAGCGAUAGGUGGGAUGUGGAAACAUGCAUUGGAGAUCGGGAAAGGUUAUGCUAUGAAGGGAAUGUACAUAUAUACAAUUUUGGAGUGGAACAGUUAUACAGUGUAGAGAAUGCGCUAAACUGCAGUUCCAACCCAAUACUAAGUACAGGAAAAGACAAACUCGACUGUGAAGAAAGACAACAUCUCAGAGAUAAAGACACAGGUCUAGAAACCGAACGCUCAAAUGAUCUCCAUCAGUCAGAAAUUGACUCUUCCAUCAACAACAAUGCAACGUUCCCACUGAUGAAACUUUACUAAAAAAAAUGAUGCUGAAGGUAAAAGCAUUUCUUCUUACCACAGAACUGCACCGUUUCCACUGAAGGACCCAUGUGAAAAGAGUGAUACGAUCGACAAAAAUGAAUCUGUUCCUCAAAGUAAUGCAACGUUGCCACUAUCAGACAUUUCCAAGAAUAUUGAUGCACAAGAUAAGAGUGAAGAUUCUCAGUACAGUAAUGCAAUACCACUUGAAGACUCUUUAGAAAAGAAUGAUCCUAAAGAUGGAAACGAAUCUCAUCACACUAACUUAGAGUCGCAAGGUAAAGACUGUCUUUCUCCCAACACAUAUGAAGAGAGUGAUAGUAAUAUUAAAAGUAAACAUCCCAGUGUAAUCCAAAAACAUCCAUGUGCUGUUGACUCCAGUGUUUUAAACAGUUCAGUUUCUCUCACAAAAUAUGUUGUAGAUUCGAAGGAAAUGUCCCUUGAGUCUGGAGAUCUUUCAGAUAAAAGCCAGAACUCUUGUCCCAAUGAUAAAAAUGGUGGAUAUAGCAAGUUAACGGCAUCAGCUUUAAACUGUAAGAUGAAGCCUUUUAAAAUCAAUAUAAAGGCCUUAAGCAGACAAUUCAAAGCAGAAACAGCUAGUGCACUGUCAACAAAAUCUAAAGAAUUAAAUAAUUCAAAAGUAAUAUCAAAAAUCUCAAAAAUUACCACAAGUGCAUUCUCCAAAUCUUCAAAAGAAGUAAGUAGUCACAAGAAAGAUACAGAAAGUAGCAAAUCACGUGUCAGCUUCACCAUAAGAGAAAAUGCCCUUCUAAAACCAGUGCAGUUACUUAUUAGGCAGGAAGAGGAGGGUUUUCUGAAUUCAGAUUUGUCGUACCCAAAAGAAGCAAACUAUUCUCAGUUACAUAAACUAAGAAAUGAAAUUGAAGAGGAGAAAGAACUUAAAGCUGAAAUCGCAAAAGCUCACAAAGAAUUUUCUAAAAAACAUAUAUUUGGAAAAAAUAAACAUUUUACCUGUAGAGAAAGGUAUAGAAGGAGGAGGAGGACGUAUUCAGAUGAAUCUCAGACAGACUUAUCUAGUACUUUAUAUGAGCAUUCAGAUGCAAAUAUCAAUCGUUCCACAAGAGACAGGGGGAAAAGGAUACCAGUGGUGAAGGAUGCUUAUAAAGACAGCAGCGUAAAAACGGGUAAUGGAUCCAAGAAGAAUCAUGAAAAAGAGAGCAGAAGGAAUGCCAUAAAAGACAGAGACGAUUCUGAUUCUGAAGAGAAAAUGAACAAUGAAAAGUGGGAAGUAAACUGUAUAGAUACAAGUUACUAUGAAAAAUGCUUGGAAUCCUGGGCGAAUGGUUUAGAUAAUGAGGUUAAUGAAAGAGAAGAUACAGGGAGUCAGCAGGAAAAUUCCUGCUUCUCUCUUGUAGAUGGAAUUAAUGAUAGCAGAGAAAAACAGAAUUAUGAAAUGAAUAGAGACAGUCAGCAAGAAAGUACAUGUGCCUCAGUGUUUGAGAGAAUAAAGGCAAAUAAAACUGAUAACCAGUAUCAGGAAAAUAAGGAUACAGACAGUCAGAAGCAAAGUAAAUGUUCCUCUUUGUUGGAGAAAAUUCAGGCUAAUGAUAAACUGAGGAUAGCAUAUAAGACAACUCUGACAGAACAAGAGGCAGAAAAUCUAACUGAAUCACAUCAAAUCUCACCAACUCAACAACCCUCCACAUCAAAGAGCAACCCAGAAAUGUCAUAUUCAACCAGUCAUGAAUCGGAUAGUCAGCAUCCACAUGGAUUAGUAAUUUACAGUUCUAGUGGCGAGUCUGUAAACAGAGCCAAAAAUAUAUAUGACAAUAUCCUGAGCCAGGACAUAGUUCAGAAACGUCAGUCCAGGUCAAGAAUUCGAAGAAAGCAUAACCGAUCCAGGUCAAGCCAUACAAGCAAUAACAGUAGUUCCAGGUCAUGUGAUUUAUACAGGAAAAGUAGAUCCAAGUCAAGAGAAAGAAUCAGGGGCAGCCUAUUCAGGACAAGAGAUAGCAACAGCAGUCGAUCCACUUCAACAGAUACAAGCAGAGAGUCUCCUUCUAGGUCAAGGCACGGGAACAGAAAGACUUGGUCAGGAACAAGAUACAGAAGUCAAGAGACUCGAUCCAGUUCGAGACAGAGAAGCCAAGAGACUCGAUUCGGGUCGAGACAGAGUAGCCAAGAGACUCGUUCCAGGUCAAGAGAGAUGAGCCGAGAGAUUCAAUCCAGGUCAAGACAGAGGAGCAAAGAGGCUCGAUCCAGAUCAAGACAGAGGAGCCAAGAGACUCAAUCAACAUCAAGCAGAGAGACUCGAUCCAGGUCAAGACAAAGUAGAGAGACUCGAUCAAGACAGACAAGCCGAGAAACUAAAUCCAGGUCAAGACAGACAAGCCGAGAGACUCAUUCCAGAUCAAGACAGAGGAGCCGAGAGAUUCUAUCCAGGUCAAGACAGAGUAGCAGAGAGAUUCAGUCAACAUCAAGCCGAGAGACUCGUUCCAGGUCAAAGCAGAGGAGCCAAGAUAAUCGAUCUAGGUCAAGACAGAGGAGCCGAGAGAUUCGAUCCAGGUCAAGACAGACGAGCUCGGAGACACGAUCCAGGUCAAGACAGAGGAGCCGAGAGAUUCGAUCCAGGUCAAGACAGACAAGCCCGGAGACGCGAUCUAGGUCAAGACAGAGGAGCCGAGAGAUUCGAUCCAGGUCAAGACAGACGAGCUCGGAGACACGAUCCAGGUCAAGACAGAGGAGCAAAGAGACUCGUUCCAGGUCAAGACAGAGGAACAGAGAGAUUCGAUCCAGGUCAAGACAGACGAGCUCGGAGACACGAUCCAGGUCAAGACAGAGGAGCAAAGAGACUCGUUCCAGGUCAAGACAGAGGAGCAAAGAGACUCGUUCCAGGUCAAGACAGACAAGCCGAGAGACUCAUUCCAGAUCAAGACAGAGGAACAAGCCGAGAGACUCGUUCCAGGUCAAGACAGAGGAGCCGAGAGAUUCUAUCCAGGUCAAGACAGAGGAGCAAAGAGGCUCGAUCCAGAUCAAGACAGAGGAGCCGAGAGAUUCUAUCCAGGUCAAGACAGACGAGCUCGGAGACACGAUCCAGGUCAAGACAGACGAGCUCGGAGACACGAUCCAGGUCAAGACAGACGAGCUCGGAGACACGAUCCAGGUCAAGACAGACGAGCUCGGAGACACGAUCCAGGUCAAGACAGACGAGCUCGGAGACACGAUCCAGGUCAAGACAGACGAGCUCGGAGACACGAUCCAGGUCAAGACAGACGAGCUCGGAGACACGAUCCAGGUCAAGACAGACGAGCUCGGAGACACGAUCCAGGGUUCUGUCACUCUCAAGCCAUACAGAUACAUCUUGGUCCUGAACACUUGUGACACCCUCAGGAACUACAAUAUCAUUUCGAAUUCUCGAGAGGCUCUCCGUGAAAAUCCUCUUGGCAGUGGGUUGCUUAGUAUAGGGUGGACUCUCAUAGCCUUUGACCAUAUACGGACUAACCUACAUGAUUGUGAGGUUGCUUCCUCUGGUGCGCCAAGGUUCGCGAAUCGAAGACCUCCGUCGUCAGUAGCCAAGGCGGAGCUGCGCCAUCUUCUGGUGCUUCAAGGACUGGAUGAGCGAGGUCAGGUUUCUGCGCUCGCUUGGGCUCACGUCCUGGCUCCUGACGUACCAGGAGUUGAGCAGCAUCUCUUUACGCGAGACAGGGUGACCGGCGCCCGAGCGGAGACGGCAACAGAUCGCAUGGAGCAUCACGCGACCCCGGCCGCGGAGCAGACCGCUCCUCGCGACGACCAAGUCGCUCAAGCGCUUGCAAGCAAGCAUGUCCGCAACAACGCCCGAGAGGAAGGGCGGCCCCGCCUCGCGCUUCCUCAGACGUCGGACAUCGACGACUGCUUCACGAGGGAGGAGCGGCCCGCCAAGCGCCCCGCCCAACACGAGGGCGAGGCCAGCCCCAAGAGGCCGAAGACGACCCCGGCCGACGAGCAGGGCGUGACGAGCGACUACCAAGCCGCCCAACCGCUUGCAGCCAACCACGCCCACGAAGGGCGGCCCCGCGUCGCGGUUUCUCAGAGGUCGCUCGCCUUCACGGACUGCUUCAGGAAGGUGCUCUCCUUCCGCUUCCUGGACGCGACCGUGGCGAGAAGGCCGAGCCCGGAGGAGCUCGACUUCCUGACUCGCUUCUGCGUGGACCAGCGCCUGCCCGUCCUGUCCCGCCAGUAG